CUUCCAAUUACAUUAAGAGCCUGUAAACUACUCUACUCACUUUUAUAUACACAAGAUAUAGAAAACACCCGAGGCCUUCCAACGAUGGAUCCUGGAGACAAUAUCGAGUUCUCUAAGAGCGACCUCGGUGAACUUCCUAGAAGUCUCCCUGAGAACUGUGUUGAGUAUUUACUUUUUGUCUUAGACAAUAAGAAUGAAGCGCGCAGUCCUCUCCCCUACCUGGAAGACAUCCGAAGAACAGCUAUCCAACUAUGUGAUAGCAUCACUAAAGGAUACAUAUGGCAACGUGAUUCCUUUCAACUACGCCUCGAAAGAGACCAGGACCUGGUCUAUUUGCGUGGGGCUACCGACUACAGCGAUUCGGUUGAGGAUGAAUGGCUUAUAGUCUACUUACUUAGAGAGUUGACUAAAUCCUUUCCUACACUUUGGGUGAGGAUCUUUGAUAGUGACGGGGAGUUUCUACUUGUCGAGGCGGCUAGCGUAUUGCCAAAAUGGCUGAGCCCUGAGAUAGAUAGCAAUCGAGCAUGGAUCCACGAUGGAAAGUUGUAUAUGCUGCCUAUGGCAGCAAGUUCGGGGAUAAAGCGACCCUUAUCCUUACCCGAGGCCGUUGGAUUCAUCAAAACUAGCCCUGACGCUCUAGUGCAUUCGACUUUUGUUGAGGCCGAGGCCUUCUACAGAUUGGAAAAAUACCCUAAACACAUUACGGAUACGAUACAUCACUCACUGGUCACUAUACCUAGGAAAUUGGCAUGCAUCCUCCACGAGAAACCUUCUACUAUAGCACCUGCCGUCGAGGCAUUCUAUUUACGAAAUCCUGUCGCAAUGAAAUCCCUUAUGUCGCCACCGGAGGAUAUACACUUUCCGCCAAAGGACCUAGUAACCGUCAGCGUGAAAUUUACGAAGGUCUUAUUCGCGCAACUCAAGUCCCAGCGCUUUCUAGCUCCUCCGAUGUGGAACGCUGUAUUGGAAGCUGUUGAACAGCAGGUAGCCGGUGCAGAGGACGCUCAAAAGAGAAUGUCUCGUUUGGAAAUGGGUAUUAAAGUGGCAAGCGGUUUCGAGAUGCUUGCUACUGAUGCGGCUAAGAAAGACAACCGCCUCGCGCGCGAAUUUGCUAUGGUUCUUGAGGACGUAGAGGAGGACGGUGCUCAGGCGCUACCAACUAAUGAGGAUAUAGGGAGCUGGGAAGAUGCGUACAGGGAAGACGAUGAAUCUUGGUUAGAUAUCAACUUUGAGCAAUUUGAAAAUGAGCUCGAGGGAAACCGUGGCCCUGGGGGACGAUCCAAGGACGGGUUUGGUGAUUCGUCAGCGCAGGCGAAUUUACAGAAAAUUGUGUCUCGGUUUGAGGCCUUUUUAAACGAUGAAAAGGCCGGCAUUGACGGCGCUGAGAUGGAAGACAUGGAAGACAUGGAUGAGGAUGAGGAUGUGUCGGAUGAGAGCGAAGAAGAUAGUGACGAUGAGGAUAAGGCUGUCAGUUUCGAUGAAGAGCAAUUCUCGAGGAUGAUGAGGGAGAUGAUGGGGCUCCCAGCUGUGCAAGCGGAAGAUUCAAAGAGUGGCCCUGAACAUUCAGAUAAUACUAACGCCCGAGGUGUUACGGAGGAAGAUGAGGACGAGGACAUCAGGCGGUUAGCUGCUCAGAUGGAAGCCGAGUUGAAAGAGUAUGGUGCUCUGAAGCUUGAUCCGGAGCCUGAGCAACGGAGUGCGAUAGAAGCAAAAGACGGUAAUGAUCCCAAGGGAAAAACGAAGGAGGACUCGCUGCAAAAGGCCGACGACGGAGAGGAAAGUAGUGAGGAGGAGGUCGACGUCGAUUACAACCUCGCCAAGAAUCUACUGGAAAGCUUUAAAAGCCAAGCUGGAAUGGCAGGACCUGCGGGAAAUAUCCUAGGGAUGAUGGGUCUACAAUUACCCAGAGACGAAGAUGAAGAGGGUGAUGAUUGAAAACAUACGCAAGUAGGUAGGUAUGCAAUCUCGAAAAGUUGUAUAAAAAUAAGAAAGUGAGUAUAAUGUGUAUGUUCCAAGGUACUUACUGGCAGCACCUGUAGUUGUUUCAACUUUGACCUACAGACAUGUACUUACCCAGGUACCUCAGGAUUCAACUAAGAGGUACAAAGUUCAUAUGUACAUGAACGUAACUUGACCCUGUACCCUGGAGUAGGUAGUGGCCCACUCAUUAUGGCGUAUGCAAUACUACACAGUACAUAUGGAUACCUAUUGCAUCUGUGUAGAAUUUCCAGCCUUCUACCUAUGUACAUAAGCCACACCGUUCCGGGCU